AUGGCUGGCCUCGAAGCGACGGAGGAGUUGGCCAAGGAAGAGCCACGAGACAGUGAUGGCUCGACAGGCUGCAACUCCAGUCCUGGGGCUGCCACCCAGGCGAGCGUCGAAGCCUUUGGCGUUUUGCCAGGCGACGAACCCUCCAAGCGUCAGGACUCAGCGACCAAAGUGAUCAUGAACCUCCGCGCGAUGAUCGACAAGAAUGGGGACUUGGGCCUUCCACCUGAGGUGGUCCAAGAACUGAGUGGAAAGCUCUGCGACGACGGUGCCGCCCGCCCCAGUGAGGCUCGGCGGCCGCGCUUCGAGUCUGUCUCCAGGCGAGCGCAUGAAGAGGCCUUGGCGGCUCGGGAGGCGCAGUUGGAGAGACGAGCUCGGGACUUGGAGGAGCAAGCAAAGCGGCAAGAAGAAACUGCUCGGUUGCAGAUGCACAUCCUCGAGGUGGAGAUGAGGCGCUGCGAACAGGAGCUGCUGCAGAGCCACUCAAAGGUAGAGGCUCUUGAGAAGGAGCUCCAAGUUCUGACGGAGGAGGUGAAGAGCAAGCGCAAGAGCGAGGGCAGAGCUGCCACUUUGCAGGACGCCGUGCGAAGACACGAGAUUGCGGUGCGAGCCUCCUUCGAGGACUCGGAAGCACCGCGCCCGCGGCGGAAGAAGGAGAAAGCCCAGGGCUGGUUCUCCUGCUGCGCGGUCGAAGCCACGCCCAAGAAGCGUAUUUAG